UCUCAGAAAACCAGCCUCUUGCAAGACACUAUCCGGAACAAUUUGUGCUUCAAAUCUCUCUCUCUCUCUCUCUCCCUCCUCUUUAGUUUCUGCUUUGGCUGGGUCCCUGGGACUGCAGAAGCAGCAAACUCCAAGGGCUGGCUAUAAUUAAAUCUUAAAAAGGCAGCAACAAACCAUCACACACACCCUCAUCAUACACAACCCACUCACGCCCAAUGUGAUAUCUUCCUCUGCUCUCCAUCUCUUUAUUGUAUUUGUAUCUAUCGGUUACUAUAUCUGUAUCUGUAGGCGUUUUGUUCCCAGAUGGCAGACGAGUUGAACGACGGUGAGUUCUGGCUUCCUUCUCAGUUCCUCACUGACGACGAUAUACUCAUGGACUACGCAAACAGCAAGCAUCACCCAAACAUGCUCACUCAUUUUCCCUUCGAUUUUUCUUCUCCCAACUCCGAUCUCAGUUCUCCUGUUGAGUCGGUGCAUGGUUCCACCGAGACAGAGAGUGAUGAAGAUGACUUCAUUACUGGGUUGACUCGCCAAAUGGCUCGCUCCACUCUCCACAACGAUUUGUGGAAAUCUGACUCUAGUUUAGCCUGUGACAAACCCAAGUCAUGGUCUAUGUCUUGUUCGCCCCAAUCGACACUAUGCGCAGUUAAUGGUGGUGGAUGUGGUUGCAAGCAGGGGUCGAGCCGUGGAAGCCCAAACUGUGCUUCAGAGAUGUCGUCGCCGCCGACUGCGACGGCGCCGAGGCGGAAUGGGUCCGCUUGGGAUCUGCUGUAUGCGGCUGCAGGGGAGGUGGCUAGGAUGAGGAUGCUUGAAGAAGGUAUUGGGUAUUACCAGAACAGAGGACUACUUGCUCCUCCUCCACAAAACCCCAGUCCAGUUUCUCUCCCUGUGAAGAAAAACUCACACACUACCCCUGAAUUUGGGUUUCACUCCAAUCCAACUCACUCUUACAAGCAAUUGCAAGUCACCCAAUUUGAGCAGCUAAAACAGCAGCAGAUGAUGAUGAAGCAACAUCAACAGAGCUCAGCGGAUUGGGGACAGUCUAAGGGGACCGUGCCUGUGCCAUAUCACCAGCAGCAGCAACAGGCGAACAGAGGAAGGAAUUGUAGUGGUCGUCCGCUUGGAUUAUCUCCAUCUGCUUGGCCUACUCUGCAACAAUCUCAGCAGCAACAACCUGGUUCAGGAAUGAGGGCUGUUUUUCUUGGAAACCCCGGGGCCGGCACUAAACGGGAAUGUGCAGGAACUGGUGUCUUCUUGCCUCGUCGCAUGAAUAACCCCUCCGAAACUCGCAAGAAUUCAGGGUGUUCGACUGUUUUACUUCCAGACAGAGUUGUGCAGGCGUUGAACUUGAACUUGGACACCAUGGAUGCUCAGCCGCAGCUUCAGCCUCGUUACAACAGAAAUUUCUCUACUAACUACGAUGGUGGUAUGAAGUAUCAAAAUGAUGUUGUGGGUGGUCAACAGAGGAAUAACAUCCGGUCGCAGGCAGUGAUGAACAACCAAGAGGUGGUCCGGCUUCCUCAGGAGUGGACUUACUGACCCGAUUGUGGCGUUUUUUAAAUCUUCUGGGUCGUAUUUGUUUUGUGUUUACAAAAUGGUUAAAAAUUGAAGGUAGAAGGUUUAGAAGAAGAUAAUAUUUAGAAAGAAAAAGGGUAGUUUUAGUAGUGGUUAGUUUGGAAUAGGAAAUUGUUGGUGGAAGUAGAAUUAAGAAAGAAAAAAUAAGAAGAGAGGGACUAUUUGCAGAUUGUUGUGUUUUGGGGUCCAUGUGAAAAUGAAAAGAAGAAAUAGGGGUUUUUUGGGGGUUGUGUCAGUGGAAAUAAAUUAAAAUAGUCCUGUCUGUUUUUCGAUCGAGGGUAGACUGCAACAGCUUUCGUUCAAUCAAUGUUGUUUGACUCGAGGUACAACCAAGUGCUUUUGACAGUUUCUUUUUUGUUUGAUUUGGAGUGGCAUUGGUAUGUAAUUAAUAAGUUGCCAGUAGGUUUUGUUCUUUUAUUGCUUUGAAUUUUAUUUACAAAUUCGUCUGUACGCAACUUUAUACCAUACUUGGUGGUGUAUGGUGUAGGUAGGUGUUUGUGGCAAUUGAUUACGAACCCGACCACCUAUAGUGGAUGGGAAUCAAUAGCAAUAAUAUUUAUUAGUAGAAAUUUUGCUACA